AUGUCUCGAAUCAGAUCGCACAAGCUUUUCCCAAUCACACAAGAAGUUGGAGAUGAGUACAUGCGCGCUCUGGACAAAGCAAGUAGCGGUCGACCACACAACGGGGUGAUUCUCGAGGCAUCGCCUCUGCCUGUUCCUCCAAUUACCGAGCUGAAGACGGCCUCUCUCGAGGAUGAGAGCUUCAGGGUCGCACUUGAUAGCCAAAGCGCUGAAGACUUGCUCGUCAAUGGCAAGCAAGAGCUAUACUCAUACAAAUCUGGAGGGUGGAGACACCCACUGAUCCUCUACGUGGAUGGAGUAGUCGACGAAGGCAAUCUUGGGGCUAUUGCACGCUCAGCCUAUGUCCUGGGUGCGGACGCCAUCAUCACGCCGACCCACCAUACUGCAAACUGGAGCCACAUCGCGGUCAAGGCCUCGGCCGGUGCCGCUGAAGCUAUCCCGCUUUUCAAGGUCGGUGACCCGACCGACUUCCUAAAGAAGAGCGCAGGUGCUGGGUGGUGCAUAUACGCGAGCGACGCCAUUCCGCCUGCGCCACCAAGUCUCUCUUCAGCCGACGACGCACCCGAGCCUGGGUCUAACAAGGUAGUGUACACGAUUACGCAGGGUAGGAAACGUCUUCCCGCAGACCACAGCCCAGUCGCCGAGCACCCCACAAUCCUCAUGAUGGGUGCUGAGGGCACGGGACUAAAGACCAGUCUGGUCAACCUGGCGAGAUACAAGGUCGGAAUCCCGCAUGGCCGCGAGGCCAACGAAGUCGGAGUCGACAGUCUGAAUGUCAGUGUUGCAGCGUCGAUACUCUGCUACGAGAUGUUGCAGAAGCCGAGGACACAGCCUGAGCGCAACCCCGAGAACGUUGUCUUCUAG